AUGGCUCCUAUGGCUCCUCCGUUGGUUUAUCUCCUCCCGCUCAAUGAUGCUGGUGCUCCUGCUAUUCCUGGAGAUUAUAUCAAUCUACCUCCUCCACGUACGCCAUAUGUUCUGCGGUUUUCAAUCGAGGGUGCCAGUUCCAUCUGUCAUCAGGGCAGCCUUUGGAUCAACGUUCCUGAAAAAGACAAACAAUUUGAACGUGUAAAUUUCAGAGAAUACAAGCUAUCCCCAUCGUUCUCUCGCACUCUACACAUCGAUGUCCCUAUAACACGAGCGGGUACCUUUGGUUACUACUUGACCUACACCCCACUUCCUCCAUUCAGUGCAGCUUCUUCGCCUGAUAGCUCGACGAAACAGAUCAAGACUGAUAGCCGGUACUUCACCGUUUCACCGUGCCUCGCAAUCAACAACAAGCCCCUUACUCUCGAUGCCCUCUCGAUAUUCUCUGUUAUAUCAAAAUGGCUCGGGCCAGUUGAAAAAUGGGAUGAUCACAUGAAGUAUAUCGCCGACAAGGGAUACAACAUGGUUCAUUUUACCCCAAUGAUGCAUCGCGGUGCUUCGAACUCGCCUUACAGCAUUUUUAAUCAAUUAGCUUACGAUCCAGAGGCAUUUCCCAACGGAACUGAUGAUAUCCUUGCUAUCGUAAAAACGAUGGAAAAACAACAUGGCCUUCUUAGCCUUACUGACGUUGUUUGGAACCACACAGCACACAACUCUGAAUGGCUACAAACCAACCCAGAAGCCGGCUAUAAUCUUGUUACAGCCCCUUGGCUAGAGGCGGCCUAUGAACUCGACACAGCACUAUUAGAUUUUGGCAGUAAACUCGAGCUUUUAGGAUACCCGGCCGAGCUUGAGACCAAAGACGAUCUGCUCAAGGUCAUGGAGGGUGUAAAGACCCACGUGAUCGGGGCGCUGAGGUUAUGGGAGUUCUACGCCCUAGAUGUGAAAGCAAACGCAGAAGCAGCUUUAGAAAUCUGGACGUCUGGGAAGUCAACCCCCUCAAAGUUUGCAGGACAAUCGGACCACUCGAAGGAUCUUUCGCUAUACGAUAAAGCCCAACUUCUUUCAAAGCAUGGACUUAUCGGUGGAGAUAGACUUGGUGAAAGAUACCGCCGCAAAAUCGACCCCGAAAUCGGAGCGGCAUUCCUCGAGCUAGAAUUUGGGAAAUCUUCAGGUAAACCCGAUGCCGAAGUGGUUGGGGAGGUAAAGAGCGAGUAUACGAAGGUCCUAGAUGAGCUCAACCUUCCUUACUACAAGGAAUACGAUGAAGAUAGCUCCGAAAUCCUUGAGCAAUUAUAUAAUCGUAUUACAUACCUCCGCGUCGAUGCCCACGGACCCAAGAUGGGGAAAAUUACCAAAGAGAACCCAUUGAUAGAGACCUACUUCACCCGGCUCCCUCAGAACGAAAAAACGGCAAAACACGAUCCAAAGAGCCUGGCAUUGGCUAAUAAUGGCUGGAUUUGGAACAAUGUCGCAGACUUUGCCGGUCCUAAUUCUAGAUCUUAUCUACGUCGUGAGGUCAUUGUUUGGGGAGACUGCGUGAAACUCAGAUUUGGAGAGAAACCUGAGGACAGCCCAUUUCUUUGGGAUUUUAUGGUCAGAUAUACCAAACUCAUGGCUCAGUGCUUCCAUGGGUUCCGUAUCGAUAAUUGUCACUCAACUCCUCUUCAUGUUGGGCAGUAUCUACUCGAUAUUGCGAGGCUAGAGAGAAACGACUUAUAUGUUGUUGCAGAACUUUUCACCGGAAGCGAACAUGAAGAUAGAAACUUCGUCGAAAGACUUGGCCUUGGAAGUCUUGUCCGUGAAGCUAUGGUUGCAUGGGGCCCCGGAGAGUUGUCAAGACUUGUUCAUCGCCAUGGUGGGAAGCCGAUUGGGAGCUUUGAGCAAGAAUUCAUUAUGAGAGGCAGCGAAAAGGCGGGUGGGGAGACAAAUGGGAGUGCCAACGGUGAUCGUGAUGGAAGAGAGGUGAUCAAGGCAGUUACGGCAAGUCCGAUACAUGCCCUUUUCAUGGACUGUACCCAUGACAAUGAAACUCCAACCCAGAAGAGAACACCGCAAGAUACUCUUCCCAACGGAGCCUUAGUAGGGAUGUGUGAUUGUGGUAUUGGCUCGGUCAUGGGUUACGACGAAGUCUAUCCGAAGUUGUUGAAUUUAGUGACCGAACCAAGGGUUUACUACCCACCACCAGCCCAGCUAGACGAAAAUACUCCAGGUAUCGGAAAGGUCAAGGCCCUCAUUAACCGUAUCCACGAGGAGAUGGGCCGAGAUGGUUUCACUGAAAUGCAUGUACACCAUGAGGGGGAGUACGUCACUGUCCAUCGAGUACACCCUAAAAGCCAUAAGGGUUAUUUCCUUGUAGCGCAUACAGCGUAUAACUCAGGAGAUACCCGAGGGGACUUCAACCCGAUCGUUCUUAAUGGACCGAAAGUUAAAGUUCUCGGUAGCUGGAAGUUAAAGGUCAACGACGCUGAAGAGGCAAAGGCGACAGUCUUCGAAGAUCCAAAGUACCUUACCGGGCUUCCUGCGGAGGUAGUGGACUUAGAAAAUCCGGCUAUCGAAGAGAAGGGGACUACCACAACAAUCACCAUCCCGGAAAAAUUUCCCCCAGGGAGUAUCACUCUGCUGGAGACAUGGAUUCCGGGAAUGGAGGGUGAAGCCCUGGAUAAGUUUGUAAUCAGCGGGGCAGAGGAGGCAUUUGCUAAUACAAGCUUGGCUGAACUCAACUUUAUUUUGUACCGCGCAGAAUCCGAGGAGAGGGACUCGAGUGGGAAUCAAGACGGUUGCUAUAAUAUCCCUAACUUUGGAUCCCUGGUUUAUGCUGGGCUUCAAGCACCUUAG